AUGGAGCCCAACAGGUCCCUCUCCUUGGGCAUACUUCUGCUUCUUUCUCUGGAUUUUAAAUUGAGCUACGGAACAGGUGGAGGUCUGAUGAACUGCCCAGUGAUUAUCCAGCAGUUGGGAAAUGACACCACGUGGCUGCCCCUGACGAAAGAGAGCUUUAACAAAAGCAUCCGCAUCCUUGUCACGAAGGCAACGGCAAUGUCUCUAGAAAGCAAAAUCACUAAGAAAAUAGUGUCUUUUAAUCUCGAUAAAAAGGGCUUUCUAGAGCACCUGGAGGAUGGCUACCAGUUUCAAUGGGAAAACCUGAGCCUGGGGAUCCUGGGAAACAGGAGGGAGAGUGAAGGAUGGUACAUCGUGAGUUUGGAGGAAAAUGUGCAAGUUCAGCAAUUCUGCAUACAGCUGAAGCUCUAUGAGCAGGUCUCCACUCCAGAGAUUAAAGUGUUAAACAAGACCCAGGAGAACGGGAAUGGGACCUGCAGUUUGACGGUAGUCUGCACGGUGAAGAGAGGCGAUCAUGUGACUUACAGCUGGAGUAAUGAGGCAGGCAAACAUCUGCUGAGCCUGGCCAACCACUCCCACCUCCUGAACAUCAGUCUUAGCAGCCAGGAUCCUGACAGCAUCUACAACUGCACGGCAAGCAACCCUGUCAGCAGUCGCUCUCAGAGCUUUGACCUAUCACAGGAGUGCAGGCGCGAAUCCUCAGGUGGGUACUCUGGGGGCAGCCUGGGCACACCAUCAGUGGCAAAUCCAAUACUAACAGGGUUCGUUCUACUCUUCAUCAUUCUGGUCCCUAUAGCAGUCACGCUGUGGAAAAAACAAGGUAGGUCUGGCAAGAAGCGCCGCUGCCAGCCGCCAGUGGAAGAAAAGGGCUUUACUAUUUAUGCGCAAGUGCAGAAAUCAGGGCCUCCAGAAAAGAAAUUCGGUGAUUCCCUGACGGGUCAGAGUCCCUGCACCACCAUUUAUGUGGCUGCCACAGAGCCUGUCCCAGAGCCUGUUCAGGAAUCAAACCCCACCACAGUUUAUGCCAGUGUGACGUUACCAGAGAGCUGACCCCCAGAC